CAGGGGAUGGCUGUCCACACACCGCAUCACCACCAACAGCAUCUCUGCGCCAGUGGGUUGUGAGACCGCAGAGCUCCAGUGGAGAGACUGUUUUAGCCUGAGUCUAAGCCCACAUCAGGAGUUCUACACUCACCCAAGUCCUGCCUUGUCCAGCCCGACCCAGCCAUUUUCUGACUUGCCAAGCCCUUCACAACCCAGCCAUGGAUGCCCUGUCCUCCCUGAGCUCCUCAACCUCCUGCUCUCAUCUGUACCUCUGGGCCAGCAACACCACCAACAGCAGCGCUAUUAACAUUGAUGUGAUCCUGGAGCACUACAACCACACAGGGCGCCUGCAGCAUCGCGUGCCCCGCCAGGGUGGCCUGAGCUUGGCAGCGGCCCUCUCCCUCUUCAUCAGUGUCCUCAUCAUCCUGGAGAACCUGCUGGUCCUAGUGGCCGUGCUCUCCCGGAUCCUCCACAGCCGCCGCUGGGUCUACGUGUGCAUCGCCAACAUCACCCUGAGCGACCUGCUGGCCGGGGCGGCCUACGUGGUCAACAUCGGGAUGUCGGGCAGCCGGACAUUCAGGCUGAGCCCGGCUCUGUGGCUGUUCAGGGAAGGGGUACUGUUCGUGGCCCUCGCCGCCUCCAUCUUCAGCCUGCUGCUGAUUGCUGUGGAGCGCUACACCACCAUGAUGAAGCCGCUGCACCAGAAGUCGGCCAGGAAGACGUAUCGUAUCUACGGCCUAGUGGCGCUGUGCUGGAUCGUGGCCUUCGCCAUCGGCUUCCUCCCCCUGCUGGGCUGGAACUGCGUGUGCAGCCUGGAGAGCUGCUCCACCCUGCUGCCGCUCUACUCCAAGAGCUACAUCCUCUUCUCCCUGCUCAUCUUCUCCCUCAUCCUGCUGGCCAUCGGUGUGCUCUAUGGCGCCAUCUACUGCCACGUGCGCAGCAGCUCCAAGGUGGGCUCCCAGCGCAGCCGCAAGCGCUCCCUGGGGCUGCUAAAGACAGUCAUCUCCAUCGUGGGUGUGUUCAUCAUUUGCUGGGGGCCUCUGUUCAUCCUGCUGCUGGUGGACUUCUUCUGUGUGUCGAGGCAGUGCGCACCGCUCUUCAGCGCCGACUGGGUCAUCGCCCUGGCCGUGAUCAACUCGGCCCUGAACCCGGUCAUCUACACCCUGGGCAGCACAGAGCUGAGGAAGGCCAUCGCAGGCCUGUUGUGCUGCUGCUGCCUCAGGGCAGGCCUCUGUCACCCUGACACCUUUGUGUCCAAGGAGACCAGCAGCACUGGGAGCAUCAGGCACAGCAGCCUGAGGAACAGUUUCAAUAAGAUCAGGAGUCUCACUGUCAGCCCCCCGCCUGCACCCAAUGCCCCCAAGAAGAGCCGCCGCCUGAGCUCCACCACCACCUGCCUGUCUGUGUCGAGCGGUUAGACCACAACGGGCUGCCUGGGGCAGGCGUAGCUGUGUGUGUGUUUGAGAGAGAGACACAGAGAGACGGAGACAAAGAGUGUCAGUGGAGGCUCCUCAGAGCAGGAAGGGGAGGACCUUCCUACUCAGGUAGUUUCAUAAAAGUAAAAAUAUAAAAAAAUACAAAUAUCAAUUAUUAAUUUGUAGCAAACUGCAAUUAAAGCCAGACUAAGUCAAUGGCACAGAUGGAACUAUCCAAGCAGAAGAUCUCCAUCAAAAAUCGAAGUUAGGCCUCCCGGGUGGCGCAGUGGUCUAGCACUGCAUUGCAUCUGUGCCACCAGAGAUUCUGGGUUUGAGCACAGGCUCUGCCGCGACCAGGAGGCUCAUGGGGCGACGCACAAUUGGCCUAGCGUCGUCCAG